UUAGAGAGUUAACAGGGCAGUGAAUCGAACAAAUAAUAAUUGCAACGUGAAGGAAACUUCAGACACGGGCUCACAAGUUAAAAUGCAAAAUCUAUUACAGAGCGCACAAUGAGAGGCAGUGAAUGUCAGUUUACACCUCGGUACUAAAAUCAGCAAGGCAGUCCCACAUCCAGGACUGGUAAGCCAGCAAGUAUGUACGCCGAGCGUCGCACAGAGAAGCCCUUUCAUUUCGGAGGAAUGUUCCGAUUCUUGUGCAAAAGGAAAAUAAAUUGAGCAGCUCGCGUGUGUCUCGCAGCCUGUCCUGUCAGCCAGGCAUCCUCUGCCGCUCUGCCGUGCGUGGACCGCGGCUGCAACGGUGAAUAACUCCAUUUAAGUUCCUGGUGUUUUGGCGGUGCUGCCUUGAAUGUUAAUGCAGACAGUGAGAGAGGGGGAGAGAGAGAGAUUCGCGGGAUGUGAUUGAUGCAGUCGAACUACCUUGGUGCUGGAGGAUUGGAUUGUGUGCCUUUGGGCUGCUCUGCGGUUUCCCCAGAGCCAGCGGCGGGGACAGAGUGUUACACAGAUUUGAACUUCGCUCACUCGCCUUCCCUCCCCUCUGAUUCUCAUGCUGAUUUCCCCCCCUCUUUUGUGUGCGGGACCUUUGGUGGGGGUGGGUGGGGGGGGGGGGAGGCCAGAAGGCUAUUGAUUCCCAUCUUUCCACCCACCCCACCCCCCUGUGAUCGGGUUAAAUGAAACCAGUAACAACAGAAGACAGACACCCAGCUGCCCCGAAGGCAUCGAUCGCAGCGCCGGAGCGCCGAGUUUUAAGGUGUAACUGUAGCAUUCGGACUCAAGUUGCCUGGGAGAUAUAUUCCGCUCAAGGAGGUCUUUGUUUUGGCUGACUUCCCAACAUUUGAACUCACAGCUGCCCCUCCAACAACUUCAUCUUGUGGGACAAUGUUACUUGGUUCCACGGGCCAAAGCAAUAGUCUUUUAGCUUCUCUGCAGCUGCAGGGAAGAACCAUGCAGCCAGCCCUCGACAUCAAACACUUCCUACCCUUUCGUCUCAGCACCCCCUCGCCUGUCGGACUAUUCCCCAACUUCAACACAAUGGAUCCAGUGCAAAAGGCUGUAAUAAACCACACGUUUGGCGUAACACUGCCACCGAAAAAGAAGCACGUCAUCUCUUGCAACGUAUGCCAUCUGAGAUUCAACUCAGAGAACCAAGCCGAGGCUCACUACAAGGGUCACAAACACGCUCGGAAGCUGAAAGCACUCGAAGCGCUGAAAAAUAAGCAGAAAGCCGCCGCCGCCGCCAAGGAGAACAACGUGACGCAGCCCCUUCACAACCUUGACGACACCAUCAGCGAGCCAGAGAAACCAGGAGAUUUAACUCCAGCACCCAGCGUGGAGAAAACUGAAAACAACUCUACCUCACUGGUCCACGUUUCCAAGAUGUUUGUGGUGGAGACGGCUGGUAACAAGACCUCAGCCACGCUCCCCUGCCCGGAGGCCACCAACGGCAGCUCGGAGAAUGGCGUGGACACCUCCUCGCUGGUGCCCGCCGCGGAGAUCGUCAGGAGCGGGGGCACCAGCAGCGUCAGCUCCGUCCCCGAGAGCGAGAAGGAGGGGGAGAAGGUGAAGCAGCAACUGUACUGUACAUGUUGCAAAGUGACUGUGAACUCCACAUCACAACUCGAGGCACACAACAAUGGGUCCAAGCAUAAAUCAGUGCUACAAGGGCAGAACAGCCACAACAGGAGGAGCAGGCUGAGACUGUUCCCACGGACAUUGUACAAAACCAAACGCAUUGGCAACAAGGGGAGCAUCGGCAUCCAGAGCAAGGCUUUCCACUGUAACAUCUGUGAAAUCUACGUCAACUCCGAAACCCAACUCAAGCAGCAUAUGACCAGCAGAAGACACAAGGAGAGGCUGACAGGAAAAACGUCCAAGCCCAAAUACAGCCCUUAUGCCAAGCUGCAACAGACUGCUGUGUUGGCGACAAAGCUGGCUUUUCAGAAGCAUCUCACAAAACCAAUAGCAACCGGUUUCUUACCUAAUCCUUUAACAGCAGCCGCUGUCUGCGCUAUGCCAAAUCUCAGUUUUCGACCGACCACACUCUUCCAGACACCAUUUCUCGGACCAGCCUUUUUCAGAGCGACCCCAGGCCCUCUGAGGGCAACACAUACACCUUUUCUUUUUGCACCGUAUUGACUUCAGGGUUCAAAACAGUACAGACAUUUCGGAGAAUAAAAGGGAACUAUGCAGUCGUAAAUGUGAACAUUAUGUUAUGCAUGGCAGAGUUCUGCCUCCUUGCUUUAACAUCUAGAAUCGGCAGUUUUAUACUGCAAAUAUAUUUAGAUGAACGUCAUAUUAAGAGAAUAUGGUUUCAGUAACAAAAGACUAUUACAGAGCUGAUGUAGAUGUGUGUAGAGUCCUGGUAGAACCAUGGUUUACCAGCCUUUUUUGCACAAUAUUUUUGUGAGUUCUUUAAGAUGUCAGUCGUUAGCAAAAGGUAUUCUGUGCGAGGGCGGGGUUUUUUUUAUAGGGGAAAAAAAGAAAGAAAAAUAUGAAAAAAGAACUCUCUGAAAUCAAAAUGGUUGACGAAAAAUCAGCGGCAUCAGGCUUGCAGCAAUCAAAGGAAUAAAGAUGUAUUCUAUUCGUAGAACGAGCAUGGCUCCUGGUUCAACCCCCCCCCGUUUGGGUCGAUAACAUUGAGGAUAUGAAAUCUCAGCCCCAUUGGAAUUCGUUCGUGACACAGAUUUCAGGGGGUGGCAACACCAAGAAGUCUAGUGGCUUGAUGGCGAUACCCUGAAGCCUCGUGUUCUAGCUGACUUUUCUCUCUGCUGGACCUUCAUCGAUCACUUAUGAUCACCCCUCAUCCGGGGAGCUCCAGAGUCACCAAGCUCAAUUGCAAAGACUGGAAGUGGAAAGCACGGAUUUAUCGCCUGAGAGAUUUCAGGGGUUUCAUGUAUUUUGGAAUUUUAAAAAGCACACUGUCCACAUGUACCGGGUUUGUGAUGCCUGCUCUCACAGAGACGUAACAAGGAAAUAACGGAGAAAGGUGCCAUCAAAUAUGUUCCGACCAGGGAGAUUACUAGAUUACCGCUGUUUUUAAUAAAUUCUAUUUAAAAGAUCCUAAUAAUAAUCCAAGCGAAUUCUUUACUUAAGACAUUGGUUUAUGUUUUGUGUCAAUCAUGCCUUUUAGUUUUUGUGCAAAUUUUAGAGCUUAUGUUUCAAUGUUAAAUAUUUUCGGAAACCCUGCCUCGUGGAGGCACAUUUGUAUCGGUAGAAUGGUGAUAAAUUGAGCUCAAAUCCAGAUGCAUGGAUCCAGAGAUAUUAGACUAUGAUUGCUAGUCUCACCAUUGGUUCCCCUUACCCCAAAACUGAACGUAAAUACUUUCAGAAUGUCUGCUUAUUUGAAAGGGACAUACACAUUUAUUUUGCAAAAGUCUUUAGAUAAUCAUUUGUAUUGUACGUGCAGCAAUAGAUAUUGUGGAGCCACAUCAACGUUGAAUCUGAAAAAAUGUCAUGCGUUAUUAUUUUGUGGACAUGGUUUGAAGUCAAAGGUUAAGGUUUGGACUGCAGUCUAUCUUUUCCAAGUCAGUAAAGAGAUUAUCAAAGAUGUAAUAUGUCAAAAGAACAUUUUAUUUGUACAA